GAAAAACAAAGGCCUCUGUGACGUCAUCGCUUCCUGGUUUUGCGUUUGAAACUUAAAGGUGUGCCGACUCUCUCUCCGGUAUUUUGCUGCUUUGGAUUCAACGGGAGCGAAACUUACGAUCUUAUCAACAUUAUUACAAGAAGACAGCAGCUCGAAACACAAAGAGAACGGUUCAAGUAAAGGUGUGACUGACAAAGACGUUUUUCCGGAUGAAGAGAUGAGUGCUGAAAUCAGCACCAUCCCCACGUUACAAUUGUAUUUGGAUUCCUUUUGGUCUUCCAGCGUAGGAUCCCACAGUUCUGACAUUAACACCACCAACGCAUGGGUAACAGCAGCCAGAUCUUUGUACAGCCCUCCCGUUUCCAGCAGCAUUAGAAUGGACCCGGCCCAGUCCAGCCCAACUCCAGAUGAAUCCUCAGAACUGGGCUCUGAGUUUCAGGCCCAGCUCGACCUGUUCCUCAAGCUGGGGUUUUCCCAAACGCAGGUCCGUGCCGCUUUCCUGAAACUCGGCCUCAACGCAGACACCAACAGGGUUUUGGGUGAGCUGAUACAGUCUGCUGGGGAAUCAGAGGAGAGAGAGGAACCUACAGCCUCCCCGGUGCUGGUUUCACGUGGGGAUGCUUCCAGUAAAGUCCAAAGUGCCCAAAAUCACUGUCAUAAUGCUCCAGCAGUCGUCAUUAAUGCUCCAGAAGAGCUGGUAGAAGAUGAGGACGCACUCAGACCAAUAGUCAUUGAUGGGUCUAAUGUAGCCAUGAGGUUUUUCUCAGAUCAGCACAUUCUGCGUGAAUUAGAGCGGAGGAAGCUCUUGGUAUUCACACCUUCCAGAAGGGUGGCAGGAAAACGAGUGGUUUGCUAUGAUGACCGUUUUAUCGUAAAGCUGGCAUAUGAAUCAGACGGCAUCAUUGUUUCCAAUGACACUUACCGAGAUCUGCAAGGAGAACGUCCUGAGUGGAAGCGUUUUAUAGAGGGGAGGCUUCUGAUGUAUUCGUUCGUCAAUGACAAGUUUAUGCCUCCAGAUGACCCUUUGGGAAGACAUGGACCCACCCUAGACAACUUUUUGAGGAAAACUCCACGCAUACCUAAGAAACAGCCCUGUCCUUAUGGAAAGAAGUGCACUUAUGGAAUCAAGUGCAAGUUCCAUCAUCCGGAGCGAACCAAGCAAUCCCAGCGUGCCCUGGCCGAUGAGCUCCGAGACAAAGCCAAAAUUUCAUCCACACUGCACAAACCUCAGCCUGUUUCCAGUCGGAGUCCACCUCUGGAGGAAGUAAUGGAACAGAAACUCUCCCUGGAUACUGGAUCUCUUAAGAAGAGUCACGCCAGUGAAAAUGUCCUUGUCAUUAAAGCAGCCCCCCAGCCAACUCAAAGGAAGCUUCCUUUGAAAAAAGAACGUCGGCAUUCGCCAACAAGUCUAGAUUCCUUUCCCAAUGGAUCUCAGGAGCGUUUGGAUUCUGGCUUGGGUUCCUACGAAUGCCAUUCUCCUGAAGCUUGCCAUUGUGAUCGCUACUGCGACCACAGGAAGUCCAAACCAUCCAACAGUGGGCGGCAUCGCUACAUUCCGGCCAAUAGCCAACCCUGCAGUUGCUGUUCCUACCAAUCCCUCAGCACCGGUGGAGCCGGUCAGCACCAUAGCAUGGGCCUGCCCAGCUCACCAAACCCAGGUUACAGUCAACCCCGGUAUCACUCCUAUGGAGGAGGUCCAGUUUACCCACCUGUUAACAUGUCCCAGUAUUCAUUUCCACACAGCAGAGGGCCUCCUCCCCAACAGGGCUACUGGUCUGACCAUUAUGGUGGCUAUCCUCCAGCAUCCCACAAUGCCAUGCAGCCAGAGAGAGGACAUGGACACUGGUCGCCCUCCAGUCACAAUCCUCAGUGGUCUGAACGGGAGCAGGUGAGGAAGAAAUUGCUUGCAAUUUUCAACGCACGUUUGGUGGACAGAGCCAUGGACAUGUUCCCAUAUCUCCUGGACCCACAAAGACUGGCCGCAGAGAUUUUGACCCUUCAGUCUCAGGAUGGGGCUUUUUAGUUUAUCUUUGUUGAAGGACUGGAUGACAAGACAAAGAUUCUGGCACCAAAGUGUUACAAUAAGUUCUCAGCCGCAACCAAAAGAAGUGAUUUGACUGGAGUUUGUUAUGUAAUUCAGUGUAGCUCCGCCCACAGUGAAAUCUCAUUGGUCUACAAUCCCGCUGUUUUUGUUGUGCAGCGUUUUUCUUUUAGCGAGAACACAAAAAUAAUUUUCGUUGGAGUCUAUCACAUAAUGCAGUGUAGCUUCAACUACCGUGAAUCUCAUUGGUCUACAGUCCUGCUAUACGUCAGAUAUACUCUGAUUGGCUAUUUGUGUCAAGUCAGUGGUGAAGCUCCACCCACAGUAGAAUCUCAUUGGUCCACUGUUCCGCUUCACAUCAGAUUUUAUGUUCUGAUUGGCUGUUCUUGUCAAGACAUACAGCGUUUCGCUUUUAGCAAGGCCAGAAAAACGACUUGACUAUCAGUAAAAUUUGCAAUUCCUAAUCAGGACACAUUUUGAAAUAAGAUUUGAAAAUAGACAUAUUAAUGUCUACACAGUUUUAAAAAUACAGUUAUAGUUUAGUAGAUGUUUAAUUUUUGUGACGAAAUGGACUCAAUUCAAGCCAUUAAUUAGAUUUUAUUUCUGUUGUAUUUUUAAUAUUGUUAUUUGACCUCUAACUAAGGUGAAAUCACUAUUGGUUGUAUUAUAUAAUUAUUAUCUUGCUGUGGUUCUCAAGAUUAUAAUAUCAGUUUUGUUUCAUUGUUUAAAAAAAAUAUGCAAUCAUAUUUGAUAAUGGAAUGGCAAAUUCUCAGAUUUAUUUGUGGAAAAACAUUUUUUGUGUUUUAAGCGUUAUUAUUUGUGACCCUGGACCACAAAACCAGUCUUAAGUCGCUGGGUAUAUUUUUAGCAAUAGCCAAACUAACAUUGUAUGGGUCAAA